CCUUCAGACGUUGUGAUGGGAGGGUGUGGUCGCUCCUGCCUUCUGGCUGCCAUCACACUUCUGACAGCCUCUCUGCACCCCAGCCUUGCCUUCGCCCCGCCACUCACCCACCACACCCUGUCAACACCCCAAGGCACCCCAGAUGGCCCUAAAAACCCUCUGACCAGACCAUCAAUCACCCUGGGCGCUCCUGUCAUAGUCCCUGCAUCCCGCGUCCCCAGCGUAGCCCUAAAUAAUGGCCCUGAUGAUAAACACACACCACGCACUAGACUUUCAACUCCAGGCCACAAAACAUACACGACCAGCAGUAGAGUCGUGAAGGAGCACCAGGUGACCCCAGGUGAGGCUGUCCAAACCUUACCUGCCACCAGCCACACCCUUACCGCUGACCAUGGCUCGCUACCGGCUCACCUGUCUACCUCUCACAUGCAUGACCUUGAAACUCACCAAAACAGGUCUCGCGCCCCUUCACUGGACCCUCAGGCCGUGCACACUCACUCAAGUACGCCGCCAAAUGACCCCACCUGGAUACGCUCUCCCCGUACCGCCCGUAGAUCAAGGGGCGGGACACGGAGGCGCCUCACGUCCUCUCAGAUCCCAGUGGACACCUCGAAACCCUUCAGUGUGGCGCCGCAGCCCGUGAAGGAUACGCCCGAAGUGGCUCUUGCGAGGAGGAACUUCUUAAGGACCUAUGAGAGGAUUCGUGACUCCUUCCUGAACACUGGGUCCUUUUCCCACACCAUAGGAAAUGCACCUCCUUUUGGCUUCAAUAUCCACGCCUCACACGAAGCCUCACGCGAAGCCUCACGCGAAGCCUCAGACUCACAUCCAAGACAUCAAAAGGAUGACGACGACGACCUCUACAGCCCGCCUGUCAGAACCCACGACCGCCAGAACGACCACCGCAGACGACCAAGCACCAGGAGCCAGGAGAAGAGUCACAAGAACCGCCAAGAUCCACCAGGAAGGUCCCACGACUCACGAGAAGACCGGAGAUCUCAGUACGACCCUCCAAGGCGACCCCACGACUCGCGCGAGGAUUCUAGACCCCACUACGACCACCCAAGAUCCCACGACUCCCACGAGGAACGCAGACCGCAAUACGAAUCUCCAGGCAGGUCGUACUCCUCACACGACGACCAUAGACUCCAAAACGACCCACCAGUCAGGUGUAGUAUCCCGCAGAACGACCCGGGGAGGCAGGAUGGAAGUUAUGACCACCAUAAUCACUCGCACCUCCUCUACGACCACCAGCACGACCCGCCAGAACUGCAGGAACUGUUUCGUAGUCUGAGCAGGCUGUACAGACUCUUCAAGACGUUCAAAAUUAGCCAUCCUGAAGCAGAGUCCAGCAUUCACCAACAGUUACUGGAAUUACCGUUUUUCCAGGAUGUGUUCAGUCAUCACCACGACCACCAGCACCUCGAGCACCAUCAUCACCACUCACACAUGGACUACCCCGUCAACCAUACACACCCUGACCAGUCCACUCUUAUUGCUUCCUCUUAUCAUCCCUACAAUGUGUUUCCAGACCCACUCCUGGAACCUCAUUACUUUUUGCCUUCUAUUUCUCCUGAUUUGAAUUUCGUCAGGAGUUUGGAACCUUCACUUCCUCCUGAUCCUUUCGUCCAGUCCAUCAAGCCUCUUUGGAAAUCCAGAAACAGAGGAACGUGUUAUGAAAUUGUUCUUCUGGAAGCUGAACGUGAUGAUGAUGAUGAGGAGGAGGAGGAGGAAGAGGAGGAAGAAGAGGAGGAGGAGGAGGAAGUGAUGUAUAGGGAAGGUAAUAAUGACUCCUCCUCAGUGAUAUCAGCAGGAACUCCUCUUUCCUUCACCUACACGUCUCACGCCCUCGAUUUUCCACCUUCCCUUUCCAAUUCACCUUCCAUUUCUGAAUCAUCUCGGCUCCAGCCACUUAAACCUCAGCGACACAAGAUUACUGGAACCUCUUACUCUAAAACUAACGCUACCUUCCCGCCACCACACACCACCGCCACCACAAACACUACCACACCUGGCCACCACUUCGCCGUCCCUUCCGUCCUGCUGCGGAAGUACUACAUCGCUCCUAACUCCUAUGAAAGUGUGAGUGAGGAACGACCAGAGGGUGAAAGUAAUAAAAAAGUGCCACUGCAUUUUCGCGUGCCACAGUGGUCGUCUCUGCGCCCGGAGAGAUAGAAAACGGGAUGCGGGACAAGUCAAGCGCGUAGGUGUGACUUAAAGUAAUGAUGAUAUUAGAUUAAAAAAUG